AUGAGGGUGGAAGAGGAAGAUCAGAGAAAUGGUGGUGGCAGUGGUUGCUUCUCUCGUUCAUCGCCGACGCCGUUGCUCGCCGCAUCUGUGAGACUCCAUCGCCAUCGCCAUCGCAUCUGGUUACUGUCGGGCAGAAUCUUUGUCAAGAAAAUGCAAAGUGGCACUAGACAUUCAACGAGUUGUUCAAGAUUAGAAGGCAAUGUCGAAGGAGUUGGUAUGGCAAUUAGUCCUCCCAAGGUAUCUUCUAUCCCGCGAUCAUCUGCUCAUGAUUCAACUACUCCAUUCACGUUGGAUACCCCUGUUUUCAUAAGUAAUGAUACAACAACAGCUGGAGUUAAAGUAUUUGCUCUUGAAGAACAAGAAGAAGAAGAAGAACCAACUGGUCAAAUAGGAGGAGACACGCGGGAAGUGACUGAAGCUGAAGAUGAAUUCCAGAUCCCUAAAAGAAAUAAAACAUCUGAGGCUUGGGAUGAUUUUGACGAAGUUGAGGAAAAUGGAUUGAAUUAUGCCAUUUACAAGCAUUGCAAGAAAAAGCUGUCAAGAGGCAAGUCAAAGCAAACAAGUAGCAUGUGGAGACAUCGGAAUAGAUGUUCAGCCCGAAAAGCAAGCAUUAGAAAGGCUGAGCAGCAAACAAAAUUAAAUUUCCAGCCAGCUGAUGAUUCUUUUCUGACUUUGCCAUCGUUGAGCGGAAAGUUUGACAUGGAGAAAGUUAGAGAGGCAGCUGCACAUUGGGUGCUAAUGCAUGAGCAUCCAUUCACCAUAUUAGAAGAAGAAGGCUUCAAUCUUAUGAUGAAACAAGCGGUGCCAGAGUGGAAGAAAAUCUCUCGAGCAACAACAAAAAAUGAUUGUAUGCAAGUAUAUGAGCUUGAAAAAAAUAAGUUGAGGAACAAGUUGAAAAAUGUGGAAAGAGUGAGCAUCACAACCGAUCUUUGGAAGUCGAAAAAUCAAAAGAUCGAGUACACGGUCAUCACCGGGCAUUGGAUUGAUUCUGAUUGGAAACUACAAAAGCGAGUCUUGAGUUUUGUACAUAUACCACCGCCUCACCGAGGAGUUGAGAUAGCAUCUUCAAUUUUUAAAAGUGCAAAAGAGUGGGGCAUUGAGCACAAAAUUUACAGCAUAUCAGUUGAUAAUGCCUCGAACAAUGAUGUAGCUGUUAGAAUAUUAAGAGAUGACAUCUCCAGGUCCAAAAAGCUUCUUUGUGAUGGAAAAUUGUUCCAUGUUCGAUGCUGUGCAAACAUCUUGAACCUUGUAGUUCAAGAUGGCAUUUCUGAGAUUGUGGACAUCACCAAAGCCAUUAGGGAUUCCGUGGAAUUUGUGAAUCGAUCAGAGGGGCGUGCAUUGAUGUUUGUUGAAAUUGCGCAACAACUCCAUAUACCAGGAAAAAAGUUGCUUUACGAUUAUUAUCCUACGAGCAAUCUUUUCCUUCAAGAGUUGGUGAAGAUAAAAAAAGUGCUGGAUGCUCGAGUCAAUGAUGAAGACCCCUUCAUUCGGGCCAUGGUUCGAAGGAUGAAAACUAAGUUUGACAAGUAUUGGGGUGAAUGUAAUUUGAUAUUGGCCGUGGCUGCCAUUUUAGAUCCAAGACAGAAAAUGAGGGUUGUGGACUUCACCUACCCUCAAAUGUAUCUACCUUCAGAGGCUUCUCAUAACAUUUCCACCAUUCGCCGAGUGCUCUUUGAGUUAUAUGAUGAGUAUGUUACUCUAGCGACGAAUCCAACAGGAGGGCCAAUGGCUUCUAGCUCUUCCCAAAGGCAAGGAACAAAUGCGACCAAGAAAACUAGAUGGGGUGAUUUUGAUCAAUAUUGUGAUGAAGUCGAGACUAGCGAACCUCAUAAGUCAGAAUUGGUUGAUUAUUUAGACAAGCCUCGCCAAAAGAUUGGAGAAGAUCUCGAUGAAUUUGAUUGUUUGGGGUGGUGGAAAAUAAAUCGAAUCUCAUAUCCAGUACUUUCUCGAAUGGCUAGCGAUAUAUUGGCCAUUCCGAUAACUACAGUUGCAUCGGAGGCCACUUUUAGUGCCGGAACUAGAGUAAUUGACACCUAUCGAGCAGCACUUCACCCCGAGACAGUUCAAGUAUUGACGUGCGCAGGAGAUUGGUGUAGGAAUCUUCACGGCGUCAAAAAGAAGAUGAAGGAAGCCAAGACAAUCAAAGAAUUCGACUUGCCAAAGCUUUGA